CCCUCAAAGCUUAACGCUUGCUGAAUGCCGAGCUGCAGUGCUUUGCUUUUUUCCCUCCUCCUCCUUCCUUCUUUUCUUUCUUGUCUGUACUUCCUCUGUUUUGUUUUGUUCUUGGGGGCAUUUCACAUAGAUUUUGUUUGCCGUCAGUGGAGGGGUGGGGUAAGAGGAAUAGAAAAAAAAAUCUGCCAAAAUAAAUCCUCCCGAAAAACUCACGAGUAGCUUUUGCAAUGGGUGCUGUCAUGGGUACAUUCUCUUCUCUACAAACGAAACAAAGAAGACCAUCAAAAGAUAAAAUUGAAGACGAAUUAGAAAUGACGACAGUGUGCCAUAGACCCGAGGGACUGGAACAGCUUGAAGCACAAACCAAUUUCACUAAAAGAGAACUUCAAGUUCUUUACAGAGGAUUUAAAAAUGAAUGUCCUAGUGGGGUUGUUAAUGAAGAAACAUUCAAACAGAUCUAUGCACAGUUUUUUCCUCAUGGAGAUGCCAGCAUGUAUGCACAUUACCUCUUCAACGCCUUUGACACUGCACAGAAUGGCUCCGUGAAGUUCGAGGAUUUUGUGAUGGCAUUGUCCAUUCUGCUACGGGGAACUGUUCAUGAAAAGCUGAGAUGGACAUUUAAUCUGUAUGACAUAAAUAAGGACGGCUGUAUAAACAAGGAGGAAAUGAUGGAUAUCGUAAAGGCAAUUUAUGAUAUGAUGGGAAAAUACACAUAUCCAGUGCUCAAGGAGGAUGCACCAAGGCAGCAUGUAGAAGUGUUUUUCCAGAAAAUGGAUAAAAACAAAGAUGGAGUUGUAACUCUAGAUGAGUUUAUUGAAUCGUGUCAGGAGGAUGACAAUAUCAUGCGAUCCUUACAGCUCUUUGAGAAUGUCAUGUAACCAGAUGAGCACUGGGGGAGUCUGAGACUUCUGUGUAACAAAGAUCUCCUUUCUGGGUCAAAGAUUCUACAAUUGAGCCAUGUCCAGUGAGGAUUUUGUAUGGCAUGUCCAACCAAAUGGCAACUGAAUGCAGCCGAUCCCAACUCUUCUCCCCAGAAGAUGCUGGUGGACCUUUGUUUCGUUUUGGAAGCAUGUGAAUAUUUUAACAAAUCCCAACAAGAG